UAGCCCAGUAGAACUAGCAAUGACUUUGUCUUCCAAUCAGACCGUAACCGUACAGAUUUAAAUCCAGGUUUGGAGAUUAUACUAGUAAGUAUAGGCAGUAGCAAGCAGAGAAGUAAGUCGAUUCCAUGGCAACGACGCCGAUUGUUUGGCCUAUACAGAUACUGUACACUACUAGGGCAUAGACGCAACGAUGGCUGACGAUUUAGACGAGCUUCUUGAUGAGAUUGAAAGUAAGUUUUGUAGCAAUGCUUCACUUUCGCCUCGAGCUUCAUCAGAUGAAUGCCCGGCUCAGAUUCACGCAAAGCAAAUAAAAGAAACAAAGGCAAACAAGAGUUCCUCCUCACCGACAUCAACACAGAGAAGAACCGACAUCGAGGAUAUAAAUGCCCUUAUUGAUGACAUAUUUGAGGACGAAUACGAUUCCCUGGAUCUAAAACAGACAGAGCAGCUAUCAAAUGUGACAAAGACCGAAAAGGGGUCCGUGGCAAAACCAGGAGAAAAAAAAUGCUGUCCAGUUUUCCUGGGUGGAAGCUUGGUUGCAAAUGGUGUUGGGACAGCUAUCUCACAAAGAUCAUGUGACCAGUUGAGGUGUACCUCCUGUGAUUUCCGGAUAGCCAUGUUCGAUGACCAUGAGUGGGACCCCUCUUGUGACUACCUCUUCUUUAGGAACAACAUGCCAGACUGUCUAAAGCUCCGCGCCAAACUGAGGAGGAGGAAAGGGGCGCGGGCGUACGCCUGUCAGUGCAGCUGGCACUCUGCUCGCGACCUGGCCGAUCUCACCAAACAGACCAAGCUCAAGUGGGUCUGCGGGAAACACUCAGCCUGACAGACGUGGAUUAGCCUCCUUAAACAUUAUCUUUCUUAUUUCAUAAGUGAUCAGGAAUCUGUCCUCCGUCAAAAGACAUGCAAACAUAUUUGCUUUAUCUCUAAAACAUCACAGCUGAAGGGCCUCCUGUUCAUCAAGAGUUUGAGUUUAUUUAAGGGGGUCUUUGUCUGAACUUCAGAACGUACUGUAGCUAGCUCAGUUUUAGGACUUGUGUUCGUCAGAGCCAGCUAAAUACACACUGUACUGUGUUAAACAGUGGAUUACCUUGAUAUUGGCACUGCAGUUUGACCUAUUGUCUUAAUUUCCAUGUAUUUCCCAUGUUAAGUGAAGUCUGGGAAUGUGUAGUAUGCAGUAGAAUGUGUUCAGUCCUUCAUGGACGGUAGUCACCGUCUCACGGACGAAUGAUCCAAUGAACCAGGACGAAUUUCACCAAGUGGUCUCGUUAGACAGUUUACCUUUGACCAUAUAUCCAGACCCAAUUUAGCAAGAGAACAAAAUAUUAUGAGAUACGAGCCCAAUAAAUUAUGUUUUACACAGUCCUCAAUGAAACACUUUAGUAUCCAGUCUAAAUUCUAUGGAUGUAGGGUUUGAAAAUAACCCUAAUUUUAAAUAAAUGCAAAUUGCUAUCAGACUUUGUUUGCCUCACAGAAUCAGAAUUUAUACAAUUGUUGGCAGUGUAAAGUCUCCUGGCCUUAUGCCUGAGUUUUUGACAUGUGGUUGCAGUCUUUUUGGUGUGUAUGGGCAUGUGAUUAUAAAUGUAAAUUAUGCCUUUGUAUGGGUUAACUAGUGGUCAAGAACUGUUGGAAGCAGGCUGGUAUGUUUUAAGUGAUGUGGACAAUAAUGAGUUGAAAUUCAAAAUACAUAUUUCCUCUUGCUACUACCUGAACUAUGAUAUAUUUGAGAAAUCUUUACAUCAGAAAUGUUGAGUAAAAACACAAACUAUUUACAACCAAAGAUUACAUGAGAAUUAUUAUGUGCUAGGAUGUCAUGAAAUGUAAUUAUGUAUUGGGCUACUUUAUGAAUAAAUCAAAUUACAAAUAAAUGUUUCAUUGUAU